AUGGAAGCCAUCCAUGCCGGGAAAGGACUGGAAAGUGGGGAGCCCUGCUGCGGGGGCGGCGUGAGCCCCAUCUGGCUACCCCCCUGCCUGCGGCAAGGAGGAGAGCGGCUGGCAGCCCCCGAGAACUUUGGGACCCCAGAGGCAUUCACAGCAGAGCAGGCAGACGUGAAGGCCAGACUAGAAGGGGGGCCUCAGCCAGGUGGCAGGGAGACCAAGGGCCGCCGCCGCCGCCGCCGCGGAGGGAUCUGGAGUCGCCACGAGAGGGGAGCAGAGAGCACCCGGAACCCCUCGGGGUGGGGGCCUAGGCUGGCUGGACGGACCCCGGUCCGGACCUGGAGCCGCGAGCCCCCCCCCGCUCAGAGGCGCGCCUUCCUCCUCCUCCUCCGGUGGCGACAGAGGCAGCCACCCAGCAGCCCUGCCUCGUGUCCAUCCCCGUGGCGCUUGGCCUGCUGCUGCUCCACGCGCACGCACGCACGCAGCCUGCUGCUGCUGCCCACGAGGUUGGCUGCCUUCCGCGCGCCUCCCGCCGUGGAGGGGACGGGCUCGCCGGCUCUCUCUGCCCGGCCGUGCGCUCGCGCGCUCCAUUGGCAGAGCCGGCUGGGCGAGGCAAGCGGCGGCUGCCCUGGCUCCGGCAGGAGAGGAUUGCCUCCCGCUCCCGCCGGCCCACCCCCAACCCGCCGCCUCUCGCUCCGCCCGCCACUGGGAUUCGGCCGCGAGCUGCCGCCGCCGCCGCCGCCGCCACCACCAGGAGAUGCCCUUUUCCCGUCGCCGAAGCGCAGCCAGCUGCCUCCCUGCUCAGCCUUGGCUCGAGGCCCCUGGAUGCCAGCGUCUUGCGCCAGCCGCUCUGACCAGGCCGAUGAUGGAGGGGACCAGCAGUCGCUUGGGCCAGGCCCCGAUGCCCAGAGCAGGAGCCCAGAAGCUGCCCCGGGAGUGGAGUCCCUGAGCCCCCGGCCCCCGCCCUCUGACGGCCCUGCGGCCUCGGCCAUGGCGAAGAAGAGCGCUUUUUGGUGACGGUGCUGGGCUGAGCGAGCCCCGGGGCAGGUGUGCGGCUGGCCCUUCUCCCUGCAGGGGACAGCGGCUCCUCCCUGCUCUCCCGGACAGCGGGGCACGUGGGAGGCCUGCUUCUGCCCCACCCGAUGCCUGGAGCCCGGCAGCCGGGACGGGGCUGCUGCCUGGAGGAAGAGAGGCGCCCGGGCCAGGAGAGGCCUGCUGCCUGCCCCUCGCCCCCCCACCCCCCGGCUUCCUGAGGAGUAGCGCUGCCCCAAGGAUGCCUCCGCUGCUGCCCCCCUCCGAGGGCUGACUGGGCACCGUGGCUGGCAGCUCCCCUCCCUGCCCAAGGGAUGCCCACGCCCUCUCUGCCAGCGGCCAGGGCUCCGUGGUGAUGGCUGC